CCCUUUUGUCCUAAAAUCCCGGAAGUGAACAAGGUGCAAAUAAUAUACUGUUUAAAUAGCGCCGAGUUUAUUUAACAGAAGUUAAAACAUGUCGGCUGAAGUUUUGGCAGAGAUUAAGGAAAAGUUUGAAGGAGAUUGGAAAGUUGAACGCAGUGAAUGCUUUGAAGAUUUUCUACGUGAAGUGGGGGUGAAUUUUUUAAUUCGCAAGAUGGCAAGCUUGGCCAAACCCACUUCUAACGUAAAGGUAGAUCUAGACGAAGAGAGAAUAACAGUUGCUAUGAACGCUGGCUUUAUGGUAAAAGCAGAUACAUAUAAACUUGGAGAAGAGUUCGAAACGGACCAUAUGGGCAGUAAAAGUAAGGCAGUUGUUAAUUACGAAGAUGGUAAACUAGUCCAAAACAACACACCAGCAGACGAGAAAAUAAAACCAACGAAAGCAACGCGAGAAAUUGUCGGUGAUGAAAUGCUUUUGACGAUGUACAUAGGAGAUGUUGUUUGUAAGAGAUACUUCAAACGUCUACCACCAAAACAAUAGAAGUCAGUUUGUUGGUUUAUGGCAGAAAGAUUAGUCACGUGCAAUGGACUGGAGAUGGCUAUGUCCGGAUUUAUUGCAAAUUAAAUGUCAAUAUUUUUUUUUCGAAAAUAUAUUUAGAAUGGUUCUUUGAAAUGAAUGAAUUGAUCGGCUGCUUGGCUUUUGAUUUGAUAUUGAUUGGACUUUUUAUUUGAAAGUUUGUAAGUCCGCAUUAAGUGCUCUUCUGAGCUUAUGUUAUGAUUAAUCAUGUAUUUCUUGACUUGAUCUGAUAUUAUAUUAUAAAGUGAUUGACUAACUACCAAUAUAAUAAUCAAGUAAACUGUGUCAUAGCCGGAAUCUAAGAUACAGGGUACAGCUGUAUGUUAUUGGUAACCAGUUUAUUUACCGGCCAUUUAUAUUUGUAAUUUAAUUUUAGCAUUAUCCUCAUUCUAAGUGCAAUUUAUUGUUGUUGUUGUUGUUGUUUCUAUGUAUGGAGUUGUUUGUUAUUGUGUAUUUAUGGUUGUUUUUUUACGCAUGAUGGUGUUUUAAUGUAUAAACAUAUAUAAAUAUAUUAAGAAUUUUAAAUUCAUGUGUUUUACGUGUGUUUAUUUAUGAUAAAAUUUUCAUCCGGCGAUAUUUUAUAGUCAUUUGAUAAAAUAAAUUGAAAAGUGUA